AUGAAAAUCACAGAUAUUCUACGGCAACGUGUACGAGUACGAUUCGCGCCGUCUCCAACAGGACAUUUGCAUAUCGGCGGCUUGAGAACCGCGUUUUUUAAUUAUUUAUUCGCAAAAAAGCAUGGCGGCGACUUUAUUCUUCGAAUUGAGGACACAGAUAGAGCACGAUUUGUGGAAGAUGCUCAGGAUAAGAUCUACGAAGCGCUCCACUUCUAUAACCUGAAUCCCGAUGAGGGACCACGCGAAGGCGGUCAAUACGGACCAUACGAACAAUCGAAACGUCUCGAUCUCUAUCAAGAGGCCGCCCAUCAACUCGUCGAUUAUGGUCACGCUUACAGAUGUUUCUGUCCGGAACAUCGACUAGAUUUAUUGCGAAAAACUGCAGAAAAACGUGGAGAAAUCCCGAAAUAUGAUAGAAAAUGUGCGAAUUUAACGGUAGAAAACGCGAAAAAAAUGGCCGAAAAUGGAGAGAAAUUUGUGAUUCGAUUCAAGUUGGAUAAGCAGAAUGUGCAGUUUCAGGACGAAGUGUUCGGCAUCGUCAACCAAUGCAUAGAUGAGAGUGAUCCGGUUCUGCUGAAAUCCGAUGGAUUCCCGACGUAUCACCUGGCAAAUGUGAUCGACGACCGAAAAAUGGAGAUUUCUCAUGUGAUUCGUGGAAUGGAGUGGCUUAGUAGCACGGGAAAACAUCAAAUUUUAUAUAAAGCCUUCAACUGGACGCCACCGAAAUUCGUCCAUCUCUCUCUAAUCAUGCGAUCAGCGACCAAAAAACUAUCAAAACGUGACAAAGACGCAUUCGUCGCGUACUACUCCGAUCAACUCGGCGUUCUACCAGAAGCCGUUCUAAAUUUAAUGAUUCGAAAUGGCGCGGGAAUUCAAAAUUUCGACUCGGAACACUUUUACUCGCUCCGAGAAAUGAUCGAUCAAUUCGAUUUGAGUCUUUUGGGACGAAGAAAUUUAUUGUUGGACGCCGACGCGCUGCACAAAUAUUCGCGGAUGGCGUUUCAGACCGCCCGUUUCGACGAUGAUUUGUAUCCGAGGAUUCUGGAGAUUUUGGAGAAGAAAAAUUUUGAAAUUCCUGAGAAAGAGCACAUUCGAAAAAUCGUGGAAUUUCUGAAAUCCAAAGAAGAGAAUUUCGGAUUUUUGAGUUCUCUAACCAGCGGUGAAUUCAAUUGGUUCUUCUCACGUCCUCAUUCUUCACAGCUUCUUUGCGAAUCUUAUCCGGACCAAGAUCUUCCAAGGAUACUUCAGGCAUUGCUGAAAUUAGAAACUUACAACUCCGAAACUCUCGAACCACUCGCCAAACGACACCAAUUGACACUGGCGAAAACGAUGGGAAUCGUUAGAAUCUCAUUGAUUGGCUCGAAAAAGGGACCGCCCAUCUCGGAACUUUUCGAAUUUUUUGGAAUGGAGGAGUGCAGGAAACGAAUAGAAAUUAUGAGACAAUUGCUUUAA